CUGGCAAAAAAUCUGACACUGAAUGCACUGUGCAGUACAAUCAAAAUGUUUUAUUCGUCAUUUGGCGAACGGGCAUUGCAAUGUUUUAAACAUUCGCAAGAAUAGGAUUGUGUGUCGUCACAUACUUUAAUCAAAUCGAUUAAUCCGGCUCGGCAGCGGAUGUUUACGUUUUCGACUUGACAUUGACGCAUACAGCAAAGGGUGUGCAAACAAGUUUUUCUUGUAAUAAUGGGUAAUGCGGGAAGUAACCAACCAGUCAGCCACCAUCAUGGCAAUACAGCAAGCAGAGAGCAUCGACACAACAAAGAACAUCCACCAUCUUCUCCAGGAAAAGAAGGACAAGUAUUUAUCUUUGAUAAGAAACCCAGCCAGAAACUUGUCUUUCAGUCUUCCCACGAGGAAGAAGAGCCAUACUUUGCAAAGACUGGCCAACAAGAUGGAGAAGAUUUUGGAUCACAGCGACCAAGAUCUAAUACUGUUUCUGAAGGAACAAAAGUUGCUGAUAGUAAAGUGCUACCAACUGUUUUCAAAUGGGAAGGAGGUGGAAAGCAAGUAUAUAUUAGUGGUACAUUUACUGGAUGGAAGACAUUGCCAAUGGUGAAAAGUCAUGGAGAUUUUGUGACAAUUAUUGACUUGCCAGAAGGAGAGCAUCAGUAUAAGUUUUUUGUUGAUGGAGAAUGGAGACACGAUCCUGGGCUGAAAAUUGUGGACAAUGGCAUGGGUUCCAAAAACAACUUAGUGUCAGUAAGAAAAUCUGACUUUGAGGUAUUUCAAGCUCUCGCAAAAGACAGCGAGGGUGUCACUAGUAGUGCUCAAACAGAAUAUGGACAAGAUAUACCACCGCAUAAGCCUUGGGAGAAGGUGCCUGGUCCGCCUAUCUUGCCGCCACAUUUGCUGCAAGUUAUUCUUAAUAAGGACACACCGCUAUCCUGUGAACCCACUCUUCUACCUGAGCCAAAUCACGUCAUGUUGAACCACCUUUAUGCCUUGAGUAUCAAAGACAGCGUGAUGGUCUUAUCAGCCACGCAUCGUUAUCGCAAAAAAUACGUCACUACUUUGCUUUACAAGCCGAUUUAAGCAUUAAGUCAUUCCCGUAUACAUAUUCGUUGGUGCUGGUCGUUUCCUAGUUAUCACGUAUUAACGCCCGGGUGCCAGAGUGACGUGAUGUCGUGGCUGGAAACUUUCCGAGCUUUGGAGAGAGACAGGGUAGAGAAUUAACAUCUAGUGAUGUCCUUUCUGUCGCUACAUUUAUUAUGCCUCAGUCAUAUGUAAAAUAAUGUAAUUACUAUUUAUUAAAGUCAGACAUUUUA